UUGUGCUGUCAGUUGGUUGGGUGAAACUGAAACGCAGCAUUUGCUUGUAUUUUGUGUGUGGAUCCAGCGCUGUGUGGACUCUCUGCAGUGUUUAUAAUGGGGGCUAUUGUAAUGUCCGGGUGACUGUGUAGGAAGAGGGGCAUUCCUGUUGUCAUUGCGGGGUGUACACGGGUCAGUGUCAGCUGGCGAUUGUCCUUCGUUGUCAGGGUUGGAUGGUGUGAUCCUGGAGCUCGGUGUCAGAUGAUGUUGUGCAGCUAGUGCCCCGCUCAGGGUCAGCUGCUGAUGCUGUGGGCCAGUUGGUUUGGGUUGGGAUGGGAUGAGGAGCCCAUCGGACUGUGCGCCGGGCUCAUGGAUGGAUAUAGCGCUAACGUGCCCGCCUUCCUCACCAAGUUGUGGACUUUGGUGGAGGACCCCGAGAGCAAUGAACUGAUCAGCUGGAGUGAGAGUGGGACCAGUUUCCAUGUCUUUGAUCAGGGCAGGUUUGCUAAGGAAGUACUGCCCAAAUACUUCAAGCACAACAACAUGGCCAGCUUCGUGAGGCAGCUCAAUAUGUAUGGUUUCCGGAAGGUGGUGAAUAUUGAACAAAGUGGUUUGGUGAAGCCGGAACGAGAUGACACUGAAUUCCAGCACUUGUAUUUCCUGCGGGGUCAGGAGCACCUACUGGAACACAUCAAGAGAAAGUCUCUCUCUCUCUUUGUCUUCAGUCAGAAUGAAGUGCUAUGGCGGGAGGUUGUCUCUCUUCGACAGAAACACAUGCAGCAGCAGAAGGUGAUUAACAAGCUGAUUCAGUUCCUGCUCAGCCAGCUCCAAUCGAACCACAACACAAUCGGGCUGAAGAGAAAGCUGCCUCUGAUGUUGGAUGAUGGUAGUUCUCCUCCUCCUGUGUCUAAAUACGUUCGACAUCUAUCAAUAGAACCUCUUCAGGACACCUAUUUCAUUCAGUCGCCGUCCACAGAAGCCGCCUCCUGUUCCAAUACCUACACCAAUAGUCCUCUUCCUGGUGGUCCAAUUAUUUCUGAUGUCACAGAGCUGCCCCCAACCAGCUCUGCAACCAUUGCAUCUGGCACAGAGCAGCAAAGGGAGAAAUGCCUGAUGGUGAUUAAGGAGGAGCCAGCCAGUCCAGCGGUUGGAGUCCAGGUCCAAGCAGACACUGUGGUUUCGGGGAACCCAUGUAGUGCAUGUCUGGAGCCUCCAGUUUUACCAGUGUCUGUUGUGGAGUCUGUUUUGGAGGGCAGGCCCACUUGCAACACAGUGCAGCACCUGGAUAAGAGAGGAAGGAUGGCUGCUUUAGACAGGACUGAGUUGCCUGAGCACAUGCCGAGCAUUGAGUUGAACCUGGAUGGCUUGCAUUCAUUGCUUGGGAGCCAGCAGUAUAGCCUGGAGCAUUCGAGCAUUAUGCAUAUCUUCAAUCCAAAUCUUCCUGUAAAUGAGCUGAACCUGACUGACAUGGAGGCAAAUCUUGCAAUGAUUCAGAAACUCAUUGUGGAUCCAGAGCUGAGGCCGACUGAACCGUCCGACAAAGCCCUGAAAACUGGAGAAAGCUCAGGGAAGCCACAGCUUCAGCAAGCUUCACAGGAUUUUCUUCCAGAGCCACAUCUUCCAAUGAAUCACGAACUCUCCAGCCUAGACCACGAUACAGCCCUUUAUGAGUUCACUGAGGAUACGGGUACAUAUUUCCCAGAUACUAAUGUCGGGCAGGAGGAAUUCUGAGAAAAACUGGACCCAAGCAACAAGUCACAACAAGGUAGAGUCAUAUGCCUUGGCUGUAGCAUUUACACUUAAAAGGUAAAGUGAACCUUUUAGAGAAUCCUGAGGAUUGUGGGUUCCUGCUCACCUGCCGAUUCCACUGACGUUGCCUGAAGGAAACCAUUUCUCUUCUUUGUCAUUUUCUCCCCCUUGUCCUUCUGCCUUAAUCGGUCAUAUUGAGAAGGCUGGAGGUGAUGAAUUCUUGCACUUCGACAGGCUGGUUAAGUCAGUUCAGCCAGGAAGUGAAGUGGUGUACUAAGAAUCCUCUGCAGAGAGGAAAUUAGCCUGUGAUGGCUUUGUGCAACAGCACAGAGAUCUCGUCCACAACUACUUUUUGCCUUGUGUGUAAUUUGAUCUUUUAAGGUUCUGUUCAGAAUGUUUGUGUUAUACAUCUAUGGCCAAAGAACAGUAAUAAUUUUAUAUGUGUAUACUAUAGCACACUACACUACAAACAUGCAGUUUUCUUUUCCAAUCUAUAUACCUUGCAUUGGGCUUGAUAGGGUUGGGUUUGAUGUAUUGAUACUGCACUUGAAGUAUUUUUGAUCAAGCUAUUGUGAUAAAUCUUUACACAUUCAAUAAAAAAGUUGAAGCAGAUUUUUAUUAUGUGAAAUUAAACCCAUGUUUCACAGAUGUGUAAACAAUCUCAGUAUGAAGUGGUGGUCAAAGCAGAAUCCUCAUUGCAUUUAAAAUGUACUUGGAUAUAUGCCUUAAAUGUCAACUAUGAACCAAAAAACUAGAAAGUGAGACUAGGCUGUCUAGGCAGACACACAGGUAACCUCCUUUUAGGCCAUAUGUUUUCUAUUUUUCAAAAAGAAAGCAGAUUUGAUUCUCAGCAAAAGAUGAUUCUGGUCUCUGAGAUAAGCUAGGAUAUGUAUGUGGAGAUGAAGUGUGCAUUGACACUUAUGCUGCAAAGAAAUUCAAGAACAGCUUCUUCCCUGCCUUUAUUAGACUGAUAACUUCAAAUAUUGUUGAUCUUGCUUCAUGCACCUCCUGUACAAUGUAACGUGCAUGCCUCACUCUAAGUACCCUGUGAUCUGUAUGUCCUUGCUUAUUAUGAUCUGUCUGGAUUGCUCACAAACAAAGCUUUUCACUGUACAUAGGUACACAUGAUGACAAUAAAUCAAAUCAAAUAAUUUCACAUCAAGAGAAGACUUACACCAUAAACACAACUGGCAUUGGUACACAAUCCACACUAAAGCAGAAUGGAGGAGGUAAUCUCACUCCUUUUCACUUUGGAGGCAAUUCAAUCAUGACACCUUAUUUACUUUGACAAAUUAAACAUCAGAAUGAAGCCAAACUGGCUUUGUACUGCCGUUUAAACAUACAGUAUGGAUGCACCAUAAUGUCCCAUAGCAAAACAUACUCAACUGAGUGAUGAUUGGCAGUUCAGGAAUCUUAAAACAAACUGAGAAGCAUAUCAUGAUGCAAUUACAAUAUUUAUUAAAGAAAGGCAGCAAGACAAAGUAGCCUUGAGAGAUCCAACAUGCUGGAUAUCAGAAGGGUUAAAAUAGGCAGUAAUAAAGAAAUAUUGAAUUAGAGCAAUAUUGUGAUAAGGUUUGUAAUUGGAAACCAAUUGCUCAUAUUGCUCUUGAAUACUGACAGGUUCAGGCAGUUACGAUCAAACCCUUUUUAAGUAAGUGUCGUCUCUCCGGUGCUGGCAUGGAAAGGUUCUAAGAAAAGGUACGAGGGGAUAUUGGAGCCACUUGCAGUGCAAACAAGGUUAUUAUGGAGGGAAAUAUCCCUUUGGAAAAGGGAAGCAAAAUAUAUACCUAUUAAUGGCAUCAUGCUGAUAGUGGCAGAAAGUGGAUGAUAACGGCAGAUUGGUUGAAUAUGAAGAUAUUGAUCAGAAGCACUGAUUACAUCAUCAGAACUAAUAUGACAGAGCUGGAGGAACUUGGGAAAAUGGAAUAGAGUCCCUACAGGAUUUUACAUGAACUCCUUAGUUUCAUGGUGUUAGGAAGUCAUUUGAAGGUGAUUCAGUUAUUUGAUGUCCUUUUGUUAAAAAUACAGUACUUGCCAUCGCCAGAGAAAGUACAAAUGUAGUGUUUCUGCUCAAAAACUACAGAAAUUAAGUUAAACUUUCCCAAAGCAAUCAGAUUUAAAUUCAAGCAGUUCUAGGAAAAAGAAUUCUAUUAAAGCUGGAAGUGAUUGUUUCUGAUUGGAAAAGCUAAUCAUAAAAUCCCUACAAAUUGGAAACAGGCCAUUCAGCCCAUUGAGUCCACACUGACCCUCCAAAGACCGAGA